AUGAUUGAGUUGCGAGCUUCCCCUAAUUCUAAGAAUAAAAAUAAUCCCUUCAUUGAUCGGUAUAUUGGUAAUUUAAACACCUCAUCUGAAGCAAUUACGCCAUUGAAAAGUGUAUCCCCCAAUAAGUUGAAUUUUCAGAAGGAUAUUUCAACUCCAAUAAAGCCUAUUAAAUCAUCUAAUUAUUUGUCUAGUACCAAAAAUCUUUCUAGUAAUAAAGAAAAUCCAUUAAUUUACAAUUCUAGAAGUUCUAUCAAAACACCCUCUAAUAUUUCUUUUUCUAAAUAUAAACUAAAUUCCACUGGUGAAUCAGUAGAUUUGUCAAAAUAUUCUAAGGAAGAUCUCAGAUAUUAUGAGUUUCUGUGUCGUGUAGCAGAAGUGAAAAGAUGGAUUGAAAAUUUAAUUAAAGAAGAUUUACCAUCAGAAAUCGACUUGUGUGCUGGAGAUGCUUUGAGAAAUGGUGUGUAUUUAGCCCAAAUGGCACAAGCAAUCAAUCCUGAUUUAGUUCUUACAAUUGUACCUGCAGGCAACAAAUUACAAUUUAGGCAUACUCAAAAUAUUAAUGCUUUCUUCCUUCUUGUGGAAAAUGUGGGCGUUCCCGAUUCUUUUAGAUUUGAAGCUCAAGAUUUGUAUAAUAAAAAAGAUUUACCUCAGGUAUUUGAGACAUUACAUAUCUUAAUUACUAUUAUUACAAAGAAAUGGCCAGGCAAAACCCCUACUUUGACAAAUUUAUCUGGACAAAUAGACUUUGAGAUGGAAGAUAUAAAAAAGUGUAAAAGAACGUGGCCUAGAAUUCGGGAUUUUAAAUCUUUAGGAGUAUCACCUUCCUCUAAUUCAGUGGUCUCUUCCCCUUUCAAGGAGAAACCAUCAGGAUUAAUUAGUGAUUUCCAAAAAUAUGCUAAACCAGAGGUACAUGUUAAUGGACCAACAAAUGAAUUAUUUACCACACCAACAAAAAAGAUUCUUUACAGUAAUAGUGAGAAUGAAAAAAAAGGCAAGAGGAGUACAGAUGAAUAUAUCCUUCGAAGUAUGCCAAAAUUGAAAUCGCCAGUAUUUAUUAGUAAGAAUAUUGCAUCUCCAUCAGCCGAUUCUGAUGCAUAUAAACCUUCAUCACUUUAUCUUCCAACACCGACUUUUAGAGAUAGAAAUAUUUUUGAGAAAACACCACAACUAAGUUACAGUCCUAUCAAAAAUACAAGUCUUUCAUAUUAUUCACCUUCAAUAUCCAAACAUUUGUCAUAUGAUACUGAUUUUUUUAAAAGAAGAAGUCAAAUAAGGAAAGAAGAUUUGGAGUAUUAUAGAAGUUUUAAUUACAGUCCUUCAAGAUAUUCUCCUGUACGCAGAGAAAAGAUGACAGAAGAUGAAUACUUAGAUAAAAUUAUUAAGUUGCAAAGUUAUUGUAGAGGCUCCAACAUUAGAUUUGAUCUUUACAUGCAAGGAAGACUUAUUGAUUUAUUUUAUAAUGACAUUUGUUCAUUUCAAUCUAUAUGUCAAGGUUACAGGGUAAGGAAGUCAUUAAACAUUGGCAAACGACUAUCAUUAUCACAGGAGGAGAUCAUGUUACAAAAUAAAUUGAAGGCUUUUGUAUUAGGUAAUCAUACUAGAAAAGAUUUGGAUAGAGCAGGAAUGAAAUGUUUAAGAGAAGAGAAGAUAUUUACUAGAUUACAAGCUAUUACUAGAUCAGUAAUAAUAAGGAGAAGAUGUAAUAAGGCCUUAAAUGGCAUGAAAUCAAUAAAACAGCCAGUAAUAUUUUUCCAAUCAUGUAUAAGAGGUCAUUUAAUAAGAAAAUCAUCAAUCAAUGAUUCAUUAAAAAGAGAUAUUAUUUGUUUGCAAAAUAGGUUGAGAGCAUCCAUUAUUAGGAAACAAAUAUCGAUUCUUAGAAAAACUUUAACUCAAAAAUUUGCUGAUGAACUGCCUUUAUUUCAAGCAAGAAUUAGAGCAAUAUUCAUAAGAAAGGAUAUUUUAAAACAAGUAAUAGGAGCGAGAACAUGCAAUAAACAGAUUAUAAAUCUAUCCACAAGAAUUAGAGGGAUGUAUGUUCGUCAAAUAUUUAACCAAAUACAAAUCGAAAGUAAUGAUACUUUUGAUCGAUUGGAUAAAUUUCAGGGUAUCAUAAGAGGUUUGCUAGUAAGAUAUGCACUUGAUUUAGUGGAUAAUAUUAUUGAGAAUAACAAUCUAAUUAAUCUUCAAGCAAGUAUAAAGGGUUUUUUAAUACGAUCAUCACUCAAUGAAAGAAAUAAUCUCUUCAGAAGGAAUGAAAGAUCUAUUAUGAUGAUUCAAAGUAAAAUAAAAAUGUAUCUUCAAAGAAAAGCCUACAUAGAGCUAAUUGAAUCUCCAAAUCCAUCGCUAUAUACUGUAAGAAAAUUCACCUAUCUUUUGAAUAAUAUAGGAACCAUCGAAGAUGUCCAGAAUGACUUAGAAAGUUGCCAAGCAUCUUUGGAUGCGGAGAAUAUGAAGAAAGAAAAGUUGCAAAAACAAAUUAGAAAACAGCUAGACACAUUAAAAGUGUUGGAAAAAUAUGGAAUAUUUGCUGAUGACGAUUACCAUUUUUCUCAUGCAUGUUCUAUUCCAAAUUCAAAGUAUCCAACAAUGAGAAAGCUAUUCUUUUUAUUGCAAGUAAACCCAAUAUACUGGAGACAAAUGUAUAUUAGUCAUCCACAAUUUGUUAAAGAUAGUAUAUAUCUUUCGUUUACUACUUUUAAUCAAAAAAUGGGGAAUAGAGAAAAAAUUUAUUUUACUAGGCAAAUUUGUGAGUUUUUGCAAUAUUCACUAAAUAAAUGUCACACAAUUAAUAAAUUCCUGGUGACCUCAGGAGAAUUUUGGGACUUUCUAUUAAAAUGUUUUUUUGAAAAGGAAUGCUCAGCUUCAUACACACUGUUCAUUCCUGUAUUAGAAUAUAUUUCGAAUACUACAAUUAGUUUUGAAAGUGAUCCAGGUAUUAUAUAUCAAAAUAUUUACGGUCAGCCUCCAUCCGGUAAUGUGGUUCCAAUUGAAGAUUCCCGUGUUAAAGAAACAUUUAUCGUAAAUUUACGGAAUUUAUGGCAUGGAAUUGAAAUAAUUGCUGAAAUAUUUACAAGAAAAUACCAAUAUAUUCCAAUCGAAUUGAAAUAUGUUUGUACCAAAAUGUUUGGUUGGGCGGCAGAUCACAAUUCAAAUGAAAUUGAUUCAUUAAGAUGUGUUUCAAGGAUAUUAAUAGGUACUUUUGUUAAUUUAUAUUUAUCAAAAAGCGAACUAUUUGGAUUUGAGAAAUAUCAAGACACGAUUGUAAGGGAUAAAAUUGAGGUUUUAAUCUCUUCGUUAUCAACAUUAUUUGGAUUUGUAUCAUUUGAAGGGUAUUUUGAACCAUUAAAUCAAUAUAGUAAUGAAAUAAUGCCACAUAUUAAGGAUAUUUUAUAUUCUCUCAUGAUUGGACCAGAAUAUGAACAAGAUGGUGAUAAAAUGAUAUAUUAUGAUAUGUCAUCAGAGACACCAAAGCUUGAAAUCUUAUCUCAAAAGGCUAAAGAUAUCUUCAAGAUGUUUAAGGACAAUUUGUAUCAAUAUCCACAGGAAGAUGUAAUACACGAAUUGUUGUCAAACAGUAAAGAAGACUUAACAAUAUCUAAUGAAGGGCGUUUAUUUUUAGAAUUGAAUCCAUCCGUAUAUUGCUUUCUUGUGUCAGAUGAUAAAAUGAGGAAGCUUUAUGAUCAAACCAAGCGUUCAUUGGUAUAUAUGACACAAAUAGAGGAUGUAUCAACAAAUUUGUUUGAUUUAGUUGUUAGUUGUAUUCUUCCAGAAGAUGAGGUUGUUUUUCAGCAUUUUUUGAGUGAGAAUAAGCAAGUAUCUGAGGAUUCUGUCAUUAAAACACUAGAUAAAGUCAGUUAUUUCAACUUAAAGCAAUCAACCUUACGCAAAAUCCAUGAAUUAGAAAAUGCAAAUAUAAUUUGUGCCACUGAUAACAAACUGCAAAAUAUUCUUAAUGAUAUUGCUAAUACAAUUAAAAAUCCAUACUAUGCUAUCAAUUAUGUGAAGCAAGAAUUAGAAGUAACUCGAGUUACAUUAAGUAAAUUGUCGCACUUAAACAAAGAAUUAGAAAUUUAUUUAAGAGAAAUUAAAGAAUUGAUUAACAAAACGAUUAAAAGUUUACAAAAAUCAAGGAAUUUUGUUCCUCAUAAUAGAAGUACAUUUGGUAAUAUUAAAAAUGCAGUUAGAAAAGUAGGUAAUAAGGAUAUACCAGAAUUAAAUGGAUUAAAAUUCAAAUGGACAGUGAGACAGUUAUACGAGAAUGGUGUAAUUGAGAAGAUUGUUGGCGAAAGACUUGGACAGCAGACAGUAAAAGUGUUUGGAUCAAGUGGCCCCAAAUACCCUGAUAUUAUAAUCAAAAUAUCCUCAUCUAAUGGUUCAGUUUUUGGGAUUCAAUUAUUAGAUAAACGUAAAGGUCCUGAAAAGAGACAUUCGGAUACAGUUGAUUCAUUUACUCUAGAAAAUUUGGUUUCUAGUCAAGUUGAUGAAGAGAAAAAGAAAUUACAACUAUUAAAUUCCAAAGUAACAUUCAACACUUCUAAAUUAUUACAAUUAAUCAUUCAGACAUUUUUUAAAUAA